AACAGGGUGGAGCAAACGGCGCAACUUUGAAGCGAUCUGUAGAGGCCGGAGGGGUAGCAGCUUACACGGAACGGCCCGCCGGCGGGGACGCAUCGCGGGCACGCUUGGACUGCAGUCGGGCGCUCCUGCGCGGUUCUGCCGCUGCCAGCCGAUUCAUGGCGAACCGAACGCCGCGGAAUCGACGGUUCGUCUUCUAGUGGAAGGGGAAGGAGGGACGAGGGUUUCGUUUUAGGAAGACCCCACGAAACAGAAACAAGUGUAGUUAAUCAUCGGGACGAGGGACGAGUCUAUUUUAAGGCGGCCGCUAGCUUAGCCCAGAUGGGAUCGCCGUCUCCGGCGCCGCCGCCGCCGCCGCCCAAGUGGAUUAUGCUGCGCCGCGUUCCGCAAGUGUGCCAUGAUCUCUACGCUGACUUCUCCGUCACGCUCGCCGAGCCCCCGCGCCCCACCGAGCUCGUCGUAUCCCCGCAUCUCGCCCCCGAUGGCGUCUCCGCCGACUGUUUCCCUUUGGUCCACGCCGCCGAUCCGUCCGGAAUCCUCCUCGUCUCCGCCACCUACGACCGCUGCUCCAUGGCCCCUCCCUCCGCCGACAAGCAGGCGGGGGAUUACACGACCAACUACUUCGCCUGGCAUGCCGCCAUCGACUACACCCACCGCCUCCCGCCACAUGAGGACUCUGUAAAGCACACCGGCAACGUCGGCGUCGUCGUCGACAAGUACAAUUUCAUGGUCGCCGAGCUCCUGCCCGCCGGCGACGGCGACCGCGCCAGUCUACUCUGCUAUUGGUCAUAUGAUCGUGAAUGGGUGAAGAAAACUCUCCCCUUUCCCCUCAAAUGCCCUUGGUCUAGUGCCCGUACCUUCUCGCACCAAGGGAAGCUCUGGUGGUUGGAUCUUUCGCAAGGUCUUCUCUGCUGCGAUCCUUUUGCUAAAGAGACGGAGCUCCUCUUCGUGCCAUUCCCUGAUGAUAUAGAUACACACACUCGAGGCAGAGAUGUCGGCAACCGUCGCUGCGUAAAUCUGAGCAAUGGUGCGCUGUGGUUAGCGGAGAUGACUUACCACCGCCGUGCGCUGUUCGUUAAGAUGUGGAAGCUGGGCACUCAAGGGCAAUGGACUCCCGAUUACACAGUUAAGUUUGCGGAUAUCUGGGCUGACAGGAGCUACAAGGAAACUGGAAUACCGAAGAAGAAGCCGGCAUUGGUAGCCAUCAACCCUGAUGAUCCCGAGGUGCUUUACUUCUCUUUGGAGGGUAAUCUCCUCCAAGUUAACAUGUGUGCCAAAAGAGUUGAGCUGUGUGUGGCUUUCAGGCGCCCUACCACAGAUUUGAAAAUAGACCAGGGGUCCUCGCAGUUUAUUCUCACUUGGAAUCUUCCGACAUCGAUAGUUUCAUCAUCAGUAGGACGAAAGCAAGAAGAGCGGUCAUCGAGGGAUUCAGCUUUUGAUAUGAUUGCAGAUUCGUUCACCAAUGCAUGCGCUAGUGUGCUUGAUGAUAUGGAAUUUAAUCAGCUGGCUAUGACUGCAAUUGAAUACCUUAACCAGAGCCGAAAGGAAGAGAAGGUCAAGUUCAGAUUGUCUGAGCGUCUCUGCCAAUGUUAUUUUGACGAGGAGGAGGCUAGUACUUCCCACAGAAAGCAAUAUAUCCAUAUGAACUUCUAUGUUCACACGGAGUCUGAAAGGCUUCCGCAGCUUGUGUUUGCGGAGUUUGUCGAAGCUAAUAGGAACGAUGAUUGUUCCUGGGAUUUGUUGUCAUGCAAAACUAUAACCAAGAACAGUCCUGGCACCUGGAGGACAACCAAGUGACAGGGCCGAUUCCUCCGUCGCUGGGAGACCUUCCAAGACUUCAGGAACUGUUUGUGCAGAAUAACAAUUUACAGGGCAGCAUUCCAAUCGGCCUCAACAGAACGAGCAUUACAUUCAAGUAUACACCUGGGAAUAACCUUAACCAACAAUAAUGUCGCAAGGGAUAAUGAGAAGCCAUCGACAGACAACAGUAUGAUAAUGAGGACAUGCAUAUCUAACCGGCAGAAAAUGUUGUAUUAUUUCCCUUUUGGUAUUGCCAAUGUUUUUGUUCUUUCUUGAUUUUCUUUUUCUUUUUGGGAGACAAAGGUGUUACUAUUGUAUAUGCAACUGCACACGAUGAACUUCAUCGCGCUUGAUUCCAUUUAUUUAUGUGUAUAUGUAAAUAUGUAAUUUUGUUAGAGAGGCAAUCACGAAGAUAAUAUGCUUUGUUUUUUA